GCGGGUCGCGCCUCUCCGACUGAGAAACAUGACCGGCCGGGACGCACGUUCCGACGGGCACACCGGGAGCAGGGCGCUGGUACCCGGAGGUUCCCCCACAGGCCCGCGUCCCCGAGGCUUCGCCAUCACCGACCUACUUGGCUUGGAGGCCGAGCUGCCGGCGCCCGCUGGCCCCGGACCAGGAUCUGGGUGCGAGGUCUCAGCGGCCGCGCUGUGCUCCGGCCCUGGCCUGGGCGUCCCCAGCACGGCGCGCGGGACCCUCCCGCUGGGGCUCGGCCUUGUCUGUGGCUUCGGCGCGCAGCCGCCCUCGGGCGCCCGGGCGCCCUGCCUACUGCUGGCCGACAUGCCGCUGCUGCCGCCCGGGGGCCCAGCGCCCGCUGCCCCGCAGGCCUCCUGCCGCCCACCGCCCUCGCUCAGCCGCCAGAAGCGCAGCGAGAGCACCUCCACAUCCGAUGAGGACAGCCUACCUGGAGACGUGAGUGGCCUGAAGGCGUUGCCCACACUGGGCAAGAGGAAGAAACGUCGGCACAGGACAGUCUUCACUGCCCACCAGCUGGAAGAGUUGGAGAAGGCAUUCAGUGAGGCCCACUAUCCUGAUGUGUAUGCCCGGGAAAUGCUGGCUGUGAAAACUGAACUCCCCGAGGACCGGAUACAGGUCUGGUUUCAAAACCGCAGGGCCAAGUGGCGCAAGCGGGAGAAGCGCUGGGGCGGCAGCAGCGUGAUGGCGCAGUACGGGCUGUACGGGGCCAUGGUGCGCCACUGCAUCCCGCUGCCCGGCUCCGUGCUGGACUCGGCCGAGGGCGGCGCGCGUGGCACCUGCGCGCCCUGGCUGCUGGGGAUGCAUAAAAAAUCCACAAGGAUGAUAAAUAAGCCAGGAAGUGAAGACAAGCUGGCGGGACUCUGGGGCUCUGAGCACCUCCCAGAAGGUUCUACCCAGAGUCAGGCAGGACCCCCGAGGGGCUCCGACAGAGGGAGCCCAGAGAGUGCCUUGGAAGAUGUGGCCAUGGAUCUCUCCAGCUCUGCCCGGCAGGAGACCAAGAAAGCACAGGAGGAGGCCGGUGCUCCCCGAGGCUCUAGCUCUUCUGGGUUGGAGGGCAUCUCACCUGGGAAGGUGGGAGCCUUAUGA